GGCCAACACUACGCAUACGCGACGCGCCGUUCACAUCUGUCACGUUUCUCACACAAAAUAUUUAUCAAAUUAAUUUCACUAAAUGCAGCAGUAAACUAUGCAACUUAACAGUGGUUAGAAAUGGACCAACAAUUCUCAUUGUCUUGGAAUAAUUUUCACGGGAACCUGACUAAAGGAUUCGCCGGUUUAUUAGGAAAUGGCGAAUUUGUCGACGUUACUAUUGCCGUCGAAGGCCAUUUGCUGCAAGCACACAAAGUGAUACUGUCAAUAUGUUCACCUUAUUUCAAGAAGAUGUUUCAAAUGAAUCCAUGUCAACAUCCAAUUGUUGUACUAAAAGAUGUGACUCACAAAGCAAUGAAAGACCUGCUACAGUUUAUGUACCAUGGAGAAGUUAGUGUGAAACGGGAAGAUCUCACUAGUUUUAUAGGAACUGCGGAAGUAUUGCAAAUCAAAGGAUUGACAAACAAAGAGACUGAAGAAGAUGAGGACAGUGAAAGAGAGCAGGAUGUACACAAACAUAGAACAGAAACUCAGAACAAUACUCCUGAUGCUGAAUCAUGUGUGUCAGACACUUAUGACACCACCAUUAAUGAUGAAACCACACAAAACAAUGAACUAGACCUACUCAAACAAAGGCAACUAAUAGAAAAACUACACAGAAUCAGCAAUCUUAAAAGAAAAUCCAAUGAAUUCCUCCAAAAAAACUACUUCUCGGACAUACUUAACCCUGAGAAGAGACCAAAAACAAAAGAAAAAUCUAUUUACACACAAAACAAUCAGAUUUAUCAAGCAAAUAAUUAUGAGAAUUUAAAAAACUUAUAUGAUGACAACCCUGUAGAUAUCUCUUCGUCAUACAACACUCAUAUUCAGAAAACAAACACUCAAGAUUUUAGUGAAAAAAGUAAAGAUCAAUCACUGUCUGAUAAUGGAUUGGAAUUGAAGACAGAGUGUGAUGACAGUGAUAUCAUCGUAACAGACCCAGCUGUAUGUUCCAAUACAAAAAAUUAUGAAUCUUCAAGAGAAGGCAAAAAGGAUCUGUCCAUACCUAUGGACUAUCCAUCACCACAAGACAAUACCAGCUUGAGUUCGUUAUUCAUCGACCUUAAAAACUUAGUGAAUGGUAAGGUGACUAACAAUGCACUGAGAACUAACACAAGUGAAGAGUAUACUAGACCAACUAUGGAGCACCGGCUUGUAACUAUCCCACAAAAGGAAGAUGGAAAGAAGAAGUAUCCACAGCGUUCUUGCCGACUGUGCUGGAAAAUAGGACGGAGACGAGACACAAGGUUUAUGUGCAGCGCUUGUGAAUUGCCUUUCUGCAAAUCACCUUGCUUUGGAAUCCAUUUUAAUGAUAUACUCAAAGUAUCUCAAUUGCAAGGAGAUUAUUAUGCUAAUUAAAACUUUUUCUUACAUAGUAUGCUACACACCUCUAUAGAGGCAGUAUAAAGUUAUUUUUAAGUGAAAAUUAUAUACAUUUUAUUAGUAGAUAUAAAAUCUACUGUAAGUUUAAUAUUGAGGCCUGCUAUUCAUAUUUAUAAAACAGAAAACUGAAUCAUAGAUUCAAAUAAGAUUUGGGACCAAAUCUAUAAACUGGAGUAAUUGUGGCAAAAACACCUUAAAAGUUACGUAAAUAUAGUGUAGCAUAAGUUAUAUUUUAUAAGUAGCAGUUACAUUUUGGAGUAAUAAAGAUCAUAAAGCACAAUAAUUAAAUCAACUGUGAUAGUGAGACUCUGGUCUCAAGUGCCAAUUAAUUGUUAAAUAAAUAAAGCUAUUUUUAUAAACUUACUCAAAACAUCAAUUAGAGCAUUUACAUAUUUCACAAUUUCAAUUAGUGCCAUCGUGUUUCGCCAUAAAAAUUUAAAGACUUUAUUGCUCAUAUUCUAGUCUAUUUAUUGUACUAAUUUAAGGUAUCCAACAAUCUUUUCUGAUACUACUUUAUAUUAAUUAGAAUAGUGUUUGGACUAGUAUUUUGACAUGAAACAUCUUUAAUAUCGAAAUGAUCUCUAUUACACGUAUUUUACAUCGAUUUUACACCUUAUUUGUAUAAGAACCAAAUUGAGAUUUACAUUCCUGAUUUUUAACAUUCGUAUUUUUUUUAAUUCUUAAGGUCCUGUGUGGAUCAUUGACUUAAUUUUUUUUAUUAUGAUUCAGAAGAACAAGUGCUGUUUUUAAUGUGUGAUGUUACUUAAAAAUGUGUUUUUGAAUGAAUAUUAUUAUAAGUGAAUGUAUUUUUAUAUCCAUAUUUGAUUAAAUGAUAUAUGAACAAAACAAAAA